AUGGCUUUCGGGUACUAUGAGCAAAUGCUUGCCCUGCUCCUGUUCAUCUGCUGCCUUGCCUUGUUCACGGACAGAUUGGUCGCUCAGAGGAAAAACAGGCAUGUAAUGAAUGCAUCAACGAGCGAUAUGGUCUCCGAAAGCAGGAAGUCGGGGGUAUCGUCCAUAUCAGCGGUGCUGAUGAAGAAAUAUCUGGUUGUAUAUGCGAUCGUUAUGGGGGCGGACUGGCUACAAGGCCCUUACCUUUUUUCUCUCUAUCGAGAGCAGUAUCGAUUUGAAGAGCGAGUCGUCGCCCUACUCUUCGUCACCGGAUUCGUAUCUGCGGGAGUCUUUGCUCCGCUCGUAGGUGUGCUGGCCGACCAACACGGCCGUCGCCAGCUCUGCCUCGUCUUCUGCAUCACCUACACGACAACCUGCGCCCUUAUGACCAUCCACUCGCUACCCGUCCUCCUCUUUGGACGACUCCUCGGAGGUGCCUCCACCUCCAUUCUCUUCUCUGCCUUCGAGUCAUGGCUCAUCUCCGCUUCAAACUCGGCCUCGCUUCCAGUAUCCGACCUAUCGACGAUAAUGGGCCGUGCGACGCUUGUUAAUGGCUUCGUGGCCGCAACUGCAGGCGUCGUGAGCAACCAAUUGGUGGAAGUCACCGGUGGUAACUUCGUCUCGCCGUUCAUGGCAAGCGGGAUGCUGCUCAUGGUUGGCUGGGCUGUCAUUCGGGCGACAUGGACAGAGAAUUAUGGCGCGGUGCGUGCAAGCACCACGGAGCGUGAUGUGUUCCAGGUCAAGCGGCUAGGCCAGGCAUGGAAGAUUGUACGAAAGGGUUUCGGCUUAGAUGUACGUCUGGUUGUUUUGGGAUGGACACAGACAUGCUUUGAAGGAUCGAUGUACCUCUUCGUCUUCCUCUGGGUGCCCCUCCUACAAGAAUCGUCCGAGAUCCCUGGCAAUCUACCUCUCGGACUUAUAUUUUCCUCGUUCAUGGUCUCCAUGAUGCUCGGUUCCCUUUUCUACACCUUCAUUAUUUCUGGUACCUCCAACCGUACUGAAGGGGGAAGCUCAAGGCAGUCGCAAGUCAAAGAUAGAAAUUCGCCGACGCCGCCUCCAAGCGAGACUAGCAAUAUUAAGCCAUCUGCUUCUCCCCAAAAGCACCUAUCUUCACUCAGGCUGCAUGCCAAACUCAGCAGCAUCAUCUGCCUAACCUCCGCUCUGGGCCUCUCAUCCUCAAUCCUCUCCCCCUCCUCUCAUUUCCGAUUUUUCUCCUUCUGUCUCUUUGAAGCCUGUGUGGGCAUGUACUAUCCCGUUCAAGGCACCCUCCGCGGGAUGCUUAUAGCAAACGAGCACCGUGCCACGUUGUCAUCGCUCUUCCGCGUUCCACUCAACGUUUUUGUCGUUGUCUCGCUGUUGACGGGGGUCUCGGCCGCGAGGCAUGUAGUACUCAGUGUUUGCGCCGUCCUUUUGGUCUCUUCGUCGGUCGUGACUGCUUUCGUUACCGUUGAACAGACAGGAGAGAGGAGCCCCUUGAUUGUUCCUAGCAGUAGAAGCAGUGGUAACCACCAAGCAGUGCAUAAAUCAUGUGUAUUCUGA